UUACAAUAUAAUAUUUACGUUUUGGUAUUUUUUCUUGAAAUCGACUUUGAUCAUUGUGUAAAUUAGUAAUAUUGAUAUGAAAUGUGACUUAAAAUUCUGCUAGCUCAAGCAACUGGGUUUUUGACAAAUAUCACUGUAAAGAUUGUAUUUAUUUACUAUCGUGUCCUGUUAUCCUGCUUGUUUAACUAAAUUUAAUAUUACAAAAUUUAAACAUAUCUAUUAACAAGAUGGAUAAGACCAACAUUAAACAACAGUUGAAACUUGCAAAAGAAGAAUUUAUGAAGAAAAACUUUUCUGAUGCAGCAAGACUGUGCAAAACUAUUUUAAAGACUGAUCCAAAAAAUAUUUCUGGUUUGAUUCUUUAUGGUGCUAGUCUUUUAGAAAUGCCGUCUAAAAAAGAUGAAUCUAUUCAACAGUUCCAAAAAGUCAUUGAUAUUUCUCCUAAUAACUUAUUUGCCUGGCAAGGCAUUGAGCAGUAUUACGAAAAAUGUGAUAAGCUUACAGUUUCUCAACAGUUAUUCUACACAUAUGCUAAUUUAUUGAGUUUAGAAACUGAUGGAACCAAGUGUAAGACUCGUGCUAAAAAAUGUAUUGAACUUUGGAAGAAUUAUAAAACAAAGCUGGAUUUAGGAAUUUUUGUAUCAAAUGUUUUACCAAUAAUUGAAAACAAAGUAAUAACACCACAAUACUUGGCCAUAUGUAGAGUUUUAGUUGAGUUUCCAUUCACAGAAGAAACUUCUCCUUUAGAUGAACAUUUAGAAAAAAUUUAUCUAGCAUUGUGUGAAGACGAUAGUUUUGAUCAAAGAUUUGAAAUUUAUUGCAAACUUAUUCCUGUAUUAAAAUCCAAAGGGAAAAGGCAAGAACUUGUAGACACAUGUGAAAAAAUGUUAUCUAUAUAUAAUAACAAUGCUAUUGCAAUAAAUUUUUACUGUGAAUCAUUUAUCAGCAAUUAUAUUAAGACCAUUACUGAACCUGAAGAUAAUGUCCUAAAAUUAAUUGACAAAAUGAGUUUAUUAAUUAUGGAAAGAUGUGAAAUUUUAUUAUUGGCACAACCAACAAAUCCAAAUUCAAUAAUAGCUAAAAGUAUUGCUUUGAGAAGAUUAAACGAAUUUGAAGAAAGUCGUAAAUUAUUACGUAAAGUUCUUCAAGUUACUAGUCGUUCAUGGCAAUCAUGGUUUUUAUUAACAGAGAUCCAGAUUAAAAUUCAUUGCUAUGAUGAUGUAAUACGAUGUGUUCAACAAGCAAAAAAAAUUUUGAAACCAACAUUUUCUUGUUAUCAGACUAUGCUUAUGUGGGAAAUUGAAGCUUAUUGUUGUUCUCGACAGUGCUGUUCUAUACAAGGACGUCAGUUAGCUAUUGAUAUGUUUAAUGAUAAUUUAAACAAUAAACUAAUUGAAUAUAUUAUUAUAGCUAGUUGUAAUUUAAAUGAUCAAAAGACUGCAAAAAAUUAUUUAAAUACAUUGCAGAAUAAAUGUGAUAGAAAAGAUCGCUUUAUCUUUCUAGAAUCAUUAUAUCUUGCUGAAUUUGGUCAACUAGAUGAUUCUUUACACUCUUUAAAAAAUAUGCAUAAUUUAUCAGCUGAUGUAGAUGCAUUGCUACUAUUUGGUAAUGUAUUAUGGAAACAAGGAAAAUUUUCUGAGGCUGGAAAGUUGUACUUGGAAGCUUCUCGGAUUUCUCCCUAUAGAUGUGACUUAAUAACAAAGUUAGGACAUUAUUACAGAGAAAUGAAACAUUUACCUGUUGCUAUGACUUGCUAUGAAAAAUCUGUGAUCCUGAAUCCCGAUGAUGAAGAAAAUGGUCUUGCUUUAUCCGAUAUAUACCUUACUUUAUCAAAGUCAAAAGAACAAGAAGCAUUGUUAGAGUAUUUGAAAACAUCAAAAAAUGUCAAAUGGGCUUCUUUAAGAUUAGGUAUUCACUAUUUGAAAUUAAACAAAUAUGAAGAUGCUGUCAGCAAUUUUCAAAUUGCUACUAAACAUGAUCCAAAUAAUGCAAACACUUAUGAAUGUUUAGGUGAUGCUCUUUUAGGACAAGAAUCGCUCAUUGGUGCAAAACUUACAUAUUCUAAAUGUAUUGAAAUUGAUCCAUCUCUUUUAUAUCCAAAAUUACAAAUAGCUAAAAUUGAAUAUCGUAUUGGGCAAGUAGAUUCUAGUAUUCAAUCAUUUUACAAAAUUAUCAAUUCUUAUUCUAAUGAUUUUAUUGCGUUAUUUGAUACAGCAAAAUUGUUUAUAGAACAUGCAAAGUCAAUUUUUGUUUGUCAGGUACAUACGAGUUAUGAUUUAUGCAAAAAUGCCUGUGAAUAUUUGUACAAAGCAUUACUGAUUGAUAACCAUUAUGCACUACUUUGGAAAUUAUUUGGAGAUUUAUGUUUGUUUAUGACAGCGAUGCCUGAAGAAUUAUCUUUUAUAUAUUUACCAUCCAAUAUAUUUAACACAACUCAAGAAAAUUAUGAAGUGAAAGGCUCACAAUUAUAUACCUAUUCUAGGAGAUGUUAUUCACAAGCAUUAAAUAUAACAUCUAAAAAAUUGCCAUUAAAUCCUGCACAAAAAUAUAUCUGGUACGAUUUAGCCAAAUGUUAUUUGACAAAUGCAUUGAACUCAGAUAUUGAUAAAAACGAACGAUUAGAAUUUAAAUCCAAAGCAGAACUAGCUAUUAAAAAAUGUUUAUCAUUAGAUCCAAAAAACAAAGAUUUUUGGAACACUAUGGGAAUCAUUGAAGCUAUUGACGAGAGCAAAAAUGAACAUCUAAGUUAUAACUGUUUUGUUAAAUGUCUGGAAAUUGAAAUAAAUGCAAUAGCUUAUAAUAACUUAGCCAUCAAAUGUAUGAUUCAUAAUGAUGUAAAUCUUGCUCAAGAAGCUUUUACUUUGAGUCAAAAUAUUGAUCCAACCCUUAUAAAUAGUUGGGUUGGGCAAGGUUUACUGAGUAGAUUUGAAAAUCCUGUGAAAUCAUUUGAUUUGUUAUAUCAUUCAACCACAUUAGGAUUUCACGAAGAAAGUAUUUGUAAUUAUACUGAAGCAAACAUACAACAAAUUAAAGCUGAUACAGAAGUAUUAACAUCAAUUCAUCAUAAUAUUGAUUUACUUAUUUGGCUUACAUCUAAAAAUCCUAAAAAUAGUUGGGCACAAAAUGCACUGUCAGUAUUGUACAGAUACUCUGGUAUGUAUAAAAAUGCAAUCAGAGCUGCAAAUAAUGCUGAACAAUAUUGUACAUCUGAAACACAAAUAUGCAUGCAAAGAAACAUGGCUUUUAGUCUUCUUAAAGGAAAAUGUUAUCAAGAAGCUGU